AUGAAAACUGACAUACAGACAUUCACUGAAGACACCUUACGAGCAAGCUUGGAGAACAAGACAAGUUUAAAGUCAGCCAAACGCAAACUCACAAUCGGUAAAAAGCAGAUUAUCGCACUCGGUGGAAAUGACAGUCGAUUCACUGAAAAGGAGGAGGUUUUGAAGUUCAUCAGAGACUUUUACAGCAAUUUGUAUAGCAAUCCAACGGAAAAUUUGAGCGUAUCUAAAUUAAAUGAUGUACCUAGUGUUCCAAAUAUACUCCCAUCGGAAGUAAAGAGUGCUCUAGAUAGCAUGAAGAAGGGAACAGUGCCGGGUGAUGAUGAGCUCAGUAUUGACAUCCUCAAAGUGGCUGGAGAGGUGCCCCGUGACAAAAAAUUCCAGAUUACACAACAUUUACAAACAGCUGCUCAUAGAAAUGAUGGUAAUAAAAAUAUCUCCAACAUCCAGACAACCUUACCAGCAGCAUUUUGUGCAAGCAGAAGUAAUACAAGAGAUCAGAGAUGA